CAGGUAAUGCAUGAAUGGUUUCCGUUACCAGGCAACACAUCGCGACAAUUCAUGCGUGUCGCUCGCUGUUUUACUUUUCGCAUCUUACAAUUUUGGUUUUCUUGGAUCUGACGUUUUGUAUUCAGCAGAAAUAAGAUGACACAAGUCGCUUUGCCCCUUCCGAGGGCGCAAUCUUUUCCGUUGUAUACAAGAGAAGCAAUGGCGACCGUGGCACCACGUCCUUCCACUAGAGGCAGUGCGAAACAGAAGAAUGCCCCUCCCCCUCGUGUUGGGCCGGGGAGUAAAUUUGAGUCCGUCCCGACUACAGUUUCCAGACAUAUGAAACGAUACAGCAAUAUGAUUGUAGUGGAUUUUGAUACGGUUAACUUGAAGAGCAUCCCCGAGGAAGUCUACGCCAAUGAAGAUCUGAUGUUGCAGACCCAGAUAUUGAAAGCUCAGAACAAUAAACUGAAGAAAUUGCCCAGAAGUUUGUCUGCUUUGCAAGGCUUGAAGGAAAUGGACGUUCAGAACAAUGUACUAGGUGCAAUACCAGCCUCGAUAUCUCGGCUCAAAAAGUUAAACCAUCUCAAUGCCGCAGACAACAAAAUAAAGGCAAUUCCUAAGACAAUCCACAAAGCCACGGGACUCGAGACAUGCGUCAUGUCAAAUAACAAAAUAAAAAAGUUACCGAAAAACAUCGGAGCCGCCCCGAACAUGAUAAUGCUUGACGUUUCAAAUAAUUCUAUCAAAACCCUUCCCGUGUCGAUAUAUCGGCUCCCGAAAGCGAUCGACGCUUCUGGAAAUAUGAUUGAAGCUCUCCCGACGAUUAAAAUCACAAAAAAAGCGAAAGGAAACAUCGCAGUUAUCAAUUUUUCGAAUAAUAAACUCUCAAGAUUACCAGAAGAUUUGGACAAACUGCAUAGAUUAACGAGCAUUGAUGUCUCUGGAAAUCUGUUGGAACAAUUACCACCAGCCAUAGGAGCUUUGCGUUACUUGAACAAACUCGAUGCGUCUCACAAUCAACUGGAUUCGAUACCCGGGACAAUCUGUACUCCUGGUUCUGGAUUGGCUGUGAUCAACUUAAGCAAUAAUAGAUUGUACCAACUCCCAGACGGUAUCGGUUCUCUCCGAAGACUACGAAUUCUGAAUCUGGCUGAGAAUAAGUUAACUAAACUACCAGGGGAUUUCAGUGGGAUGGUCUCACUACAACACCUUGAUAUGUCUGGGAAUGAGUUAAUAUCUAUCAAUGGAAUUUUUGGGCUCCCUCGUCUGGAAACAUUACUCGCUCCAAGAAACAAGUUGACAACUCUACCAGAUCAAUUUGGGGAAUUCAGGUGGUUGAGGACGGUUGACUUUUCAGAGAAUCAAUUGUCCGUCAUUCCUCAUUCAAUCGGUCAGUUGAAGGGGCUAAAGUACCUUAUUUUACAUCACAAUAAGAUUGAAGAGAUUCCGUCCAUACUCGGGUUAUAUCAAUUACUGGCAACACUCGACUUGAGCGACAAUGAGUUAGUGGAAGCGCCAGAAGACAUGAGGAAAUUCAGAUCUCUGCAGACCCUUCUGCUGGCAAGAAAUCAGCUUUCUCAGAUGCCAAAAAGCUUCAAAUUCUUGGAAAAUCUUCAAACACUUGACAUAACAGGGAAUAGCUAUGUUACUUUGGUCCCGCCAGAUAAUGCAUCAAAGGUUCUCACAACAUUGAAAAUAGCCGGUAACCCAUGGCGACUCCCGCCAGGUGCUGGGGAGGAUAACAGGAGUUUUAUAACAAAGAUCCACAGAGAAUUGCACAUGGUGUUGACCUGUCUUGACUUAUCUAACGUUGAAAUGGAUGAAUUCCCGAUACAUCUGUGCGUCUGCAGACAACUUACUGAAUUGAGGGUUGCAAACAAUAAUUUAAAAGUUCUUCCGACAGAAGUUGGAAGACUCAGAAGCCUUCAGAUACUCGAUGUUUCUAAUAAUCAUAUUGAAGUUAUCCCAGAGCAAGUUGGACGACUCUUCCAUCUUCGAGAACUGAACUUCUCAAAGAACGAAGUUUUAGUUUUCACGCCUUCUCUUAUACACUUGAGGUCGCUACAGACACUAGAUUUGUCGAAAAAUCAGAUCCGAGUUUUGCCAGAAAAUUUCGGAGAUUUGAAGAAAUUGAAAUACAUGAAUUUAUCAGGCAACCGACUUCCAACUAUCCCGAAUGAUCGUAUCGAUGUUUUGGCCUCACUGAUCGAACUCAACGUCUCGGAUAACAGAGUAAAGGAAGUCCCGAUGGAUUUGCCUUAUUUGUAUAGAAUGCAGUUUCUGAAUCUUCAUACAAACGAUAUCACUGGGCUCCCUGGCGACAUCUGGAGGAUGAAAUCACUCGAGAAACUCGAUCUUGGCGACAACUUGAUUGAAUCGUUACCAGAAGGGAUUGGGAAACUACCUGUUGCCAAGGAAAUUGAUGUUUCUGACAACAAGAUCAUGACCUGGCCAAAAUGCAUGGUGACCUUGAGAUCAAAGGUUAAAGUUGAGGAAGGAACACAAAACUCAAAGAAGGUUCGACCUCUGAGAGAAGACGAGGAAGAAGAGAAAAAGGAAGAAGCGGAAGAAAAAGAAACCAAAGGAAAGAAAGGAAAAGGAGGGAAAGGUUCUCGUCCAAAAACUGCUGAAAAUGGGAAACAAGUUGCAAAGACCAGUCCGAAAUCACCACGGAAACGUAAAUGAUGUCAUCAAUGACAUCAUAAUAUGCUUGAGAAGCAAUUGAAUUGUUUUGUAAUAAAUACUGCACCCAUUCACUGUCAUUGUUUUAUAAUAAUUAUUUCAUUAUUUUAUCUUAAUUAAACUAACACAAAUCGCAACACUCAACUGAAAUUCAAGGAAUUCAAAAAAAAAAUCUUCAACACCAGCUAGUGGCUGGGGGGAAUCAAUAAUGCCGCUUGCUUAUAGAAAACAACCUGCCAAUGGACUUUAAAAUUAUUAUCAGUUUUUGACGCAAAAUCAAUUGCGAAUAAUGAAUUAUUUUAGAGAGUAGCCAUUCCAAGCUUACUUAUUAAAACUUACAUUUGUUACAGCUUUUCAGAUAUUUGGCUCGCAGCACUAGAUAAAACAAAAUAAAUUCUGUAGUAAAAAUUUUUCCUCUAAAUCACUCUGGUUCUCUCAACCAGUGGGCCAUGGUUGGGCCACAGAAAGAAGUUGAGUUGGCCACAGAAAUAUUUAAAAUUGCUAUUUGUAUCACUAUACUUAGUUUCAAUUGUAGUACCAAUGAUUGACGAUGCUGUUUUCUGCUACUGUAUGGUCAUUUUAAUUCUAAUUAAAAAAGGGAAAGUGGGCAUUUUCACAGAAAGAUUUUGAUUUUUCACGUAGUUUUUCCCUCGCAGAAAAAAUUUUAAUGGGCCACAAAAGAAAAUUUUUGAGAACUACUGCUUUAAAUGAUAGACAAGUUCUCAAUAUAUCUUACUUAGAUCUGACAGCGGCACUCGAAUUGGUGUGAACGCGUAUAUAAUUGGGCCUAGCGCAUUAUCCGCUGGCCAUUUAUAAUCACAAUUAUUUUUUUACUGAUAAAACAAUUUUAUAUCAUGUAUAGUUCAAUUUAAGCAUUAUGUACAAAGUAAAAAUCUAUAUUUUUAUAUAAUUAACGUUAAUUAUCACAGAUUUUUUAUUCUCAUUUUCUAUUCAGAAAAGCCCAGAUUUUACGUGAAUUUGGGAAAUGGUUUAAAUACAUGGUCAUGCUGAAAUUCAUAUUCUCU